AUGAAAGUCGUCUUCACAAAUUUCACUACUGGUAACACAUGUGCAAUGAAACGCACAACUUAUUUUUCUGAAAGAUGGAAGAACUGUGUCUCUGUCGCGCGAAAUUUGACAUUCAAAACAUAGAUACUGAUAAUACCAUGACUGCUGUUCAGGACAAAUAAUGAAUGUAUGGAAUGCCAAAACAAAAUAGGAAACUUGUUAGCAGUUCACUUGUCUGUAAUCUUUCGUUUCUUUUGUUCGAGUAUCAUUUUUAAGCAAAGUAAUAUAUCUUUUUAACCUACAAAUUCUAAAAUAUGGUGAAAUAAUUAUGAAGAAAGUGCAGUCAACCCUAUUUCAGAGCUGGGGGACAAAAGUUUCCAGCACAUCCAAAACAAAUUUAAUAGAUGGAAUUGGCGAUGAGGAUAUUGCUGACCUGGAUGAUGCUGACCUGGAUGAUGAAACACUUUUGGCAGCUUGCCAAGAAUGGGACAGCAGCAAUACAACUAAAAAUUCUAUUGUACAAGGCACACCUCUUGAAAGCUUGCCUGGUUUUGACGUUUCUUCUGGCCAUAUAUGGAUCUAUCCAACUAAUAUGCCUGUCAGAGAUUACCAAAUGAACAUCGUUGAGCAGUCGCUUCUUAAAAAUACACUUGUAACAUUGCCAACUGGCUUGGGUAAAACAUUCAUCGCUGCAGUUGUUAUGUAUAAUUUCUACCGUUGGUAUCCGUCUGGAAAAAUUGUGUUCAUGGCACCAACGAAACCGUUGGUUGCUCAGCAAAUUGAAGCUUGUUAUAAUAUAAUGGGAAUUCCACAGAAUCACACAGCAGAAAUGACAGGCAGCAUGCAUCCACCAGAAAGAAAAAGAGUUUGGCAAUCAAGAAGAGUGUUUUUUCUGACCCCUCAAGUUCUUAUGAAUGACCUCAGCCGCAAAGCUUGUCCCGCUGAUGACAUCAAAUGCCUGGUGGUGGAUGAGGCUCACAAGGCCUUGGGCAAUCACUCUUAUUGUCAAGUUGUAAGAGAGCUGUCUAAAUACACAAUCAACUUCCGAGUAUUGGCUUUAAGUGCAACUCCUGGCAGUGACAUUAAGGCGGUGCAACAAGUUUUAACUAAUUUAAUGAUCGCCCAUAUUGAGAUAAGAUCAGAAGAAGCUCCAGAUAUUCAGAAGUACGUACAUAGCAGGAAGAUUGACAAGUAUGUUGUGCCUCUGGGAAAAGAACUGGAAGCCAUUCAAGAGAAAUAUUUAAGGAUUAUUACUUUGUAUGUUGACAAGUUGUAUCGUACCAAGUGCCUGUACUCCAGGAACCCCAAGUCAUUGACGAAGUAUCAAGUGUUGAUGUGUCGAGACGCGUUCAGAAAGGAUCCACCUGAGCACAUGCAGAGGGCUCAGCUAGGAGUAGCUGAGGGGGAAUUUGCUAUUCUUAUCAGUCUGUAUCAUGGAUAUGAGCUGCUCCUACAACAUGGGAUGCACUCAUUGCACUGUUUCCUGACUAGCAUGGUGGAUGGUUCAAAGGGAACAUCGAGAGCAAGGAAUGAACUCAUGCAAAACCAUGUUUUUAGCGAAUUAAUGGGAGAACUGGAAAGAAAAUUUCAAGUUGAAACAGAGGAAACAGAGCUUGCUAACAGGUCCUUCAGCUCAUCUUUAGUCAAGAUUCCUAAGAGACCAUUUGUCUACAGCCACCCAAAGUUAAAGAAGCUGGAAGAAGUUGUACUGGAGCAUUUUGAUCAGUACAAAAGUGAGAAUGGAUGUUCUUCAAGUGCAAAAAUGAACACGCGUGUCAUGAUAUUCACGCAAUAUCGUGACAGUGUGAAUGAAAUUUCAACUAUGUUAAAUCAGCACAAACCAUCAAUCAAAUGCAUGCCUUUUGUUGGUCAAUCGUCUGCAGGUAAAUCAACCAAGGGAGUCACGCAGAAAGAGCAGCUACGGGUUGUUAGAGAGUUUCGAGCUGGGGGUUACAAUACCAUUGUUUCCACUUGUGUUGGAGAAGAAGGUCUUGAUAUCGGAGAAGUGGAUUUAAUUGUCUGCUAUGAUGUCCACAAAAGUCCAAUACGUCUCGUACAGCGAAUGGGGAGGACUGGUCGCAAAAGACAUGGGCGCAUCGUAAUGUUGGUAACAGAAGGUAAAGAAGAGACGGUUUAUAACCAGGGUUUUUAUAAUAAUAAAGGAAUUCAAAAAGCUCUACAUGGCAAUAAAAAAAAUCUUCAGCUUUAUCAUAAUAAUCCUCGCAUGGUACCCAAAGGACUGAAUCCUAAAAUUCAUCAGAUGUAUCUGACAGUGGCAUCAGCUUACAAAAACAAGAAUGAUGUGAAAUCUGCAAGGUCUUCUUCCAACCAAUCCAAGAUCAACAAUCAAACGUGCCCUGGUCCGAAGCGGAAAAAUGAUGCAUUCCUCAGUGAAGAAGAACUCAAGUUUUGGAAUCUGCAUUACAAACUGGAUGAUCAUCAGAAGGCCAAAAUCAAGACGAUUCCAUCAGGUGGAAGAUUCCUUACCAUUGGCGACAAGACAUCCAAAAAGAAACAGAAAACUUCAUCCAGUGAAUUUUCAUUGUCUGAGUGGUCAAUAUGGCAGACAAAGAAACAGCCAUUUAAAUUUGUUGACCAUUCAAAACGCUGUAAAAACUUUGUGGACGUCGAGGAAUUCAUAGAAGUACAAGGAUUUGUUGAAGGCGAGGAUGUUUAUGGCAUGGAGAUGGCGACAUUUUUAAACAAAGAUGACAUCAUAAAGAAGAGAAAAUCAAGAAUAGGAAUUCAUAGGUUUUGUGUUAAUGAACAGUUAGACAGCAAUGGUGCAUCAUCAGGGGACAAGAACUCAGGUGGAAAGGAUGACAGGACAGAAAAAGAUGUAUUGAAAAGCAAGUCAAAGACAGGAGCCUCUUGUUCUACAGGUAAUCAAGAUAAGAGUACACCACUGUUGGACUUGAUCCAUGAUUUGGAUGUGAACCAAGAGAGAGGUGAUAGAACAUCAAAGAAUAAUGAUUUUGUGAAAGAUAAUACUGAAAGUGCUAAUAGCAGUAAAGAGGAUGUUGAGCCUCGACAAAAAAAUGGUGGAAAGAGGAAAAAGAAAACCAAACAUUUAACUCCUGUGCAAUAUUCUGAUGAUGAUGAUUUUGAGUUUAAAGGUGAUUUAUUAAAAAGCAAGGCUAAUAACAGACAUAAAGAGAAAAAUGAUGUGAAUGAAGGGAUAGCAGCUGUCAACAAUGCCAUGAUGCACAAACGUGAAAAAGUAUUAGUACCAGAAGUGAUUUUAUGUAAAUCACCAGAGGUUGAGGAGCUUGAUGAAACCCUGCCACCUUGUGACCUAUCACAUAAAGAACCCUUACCUGAUAACCAACAUGAUGGUGACUUAUCAGUUAUAUUUCCAUGCACACAAGCAAGGACUGAGAAAAGAUCACUGCCAUUUGCCGAUGAGAUCUCUCAAAAGCCAUUUUUUCCACCACCAGCUCCUAACAUAUCCAGUCUUGACUUUCUUGAUGAUAUUGAUGAUCUAGAAUUAAGUCGUCAACUUUCUAUUCCAACCAUUGGUGACCACUUACAAUCUUUAGACAAGCCUUUUAAAAAACUGAUUGAAAUCUGUAAGACAAGUUACAGAAAGCACUCUGAUGAGGAUACUGAAGGAGUAAGGAUGACAGGAAGGUGUAAAGUGUCAGAAGGAAUUUCCAUUAUUCAGGUCAGCCCUUCCAAGAAUAUCUCUGAUGAAAAGAGUGCUGCUGACAUUAGUGAAAAAGAGAUCACAGAGAUGGAAAACUAUGUGGAGUCAGAAUGGGAUUUUGAUUGGUCAGAUGUCGAGGAUGAGAAAAUUAACCAGUCAACAGAAAAAGAGGGGAUUGCUGGAGAGGCAGAGGCUACUCACCAAAUAGAUAAACGAGUAACCUCUGAUAUAUCACCUAAAAGUGCCUUAUUUAAUUGGAUUGAUAAUAGAGAAUUGCUUGAUGAAUGUAGGACUAAAGUAUGUAUCUCAUCUAAGUCAAUCAACAAAGACAGUAAGGAAUGUUUGGAAUCAAAUGGUGGCAUGAAUGUAUCAAUUGGCAGUAAACUGUAUAGUAGUAAGUCAGUACAAAAGAUCACUUUAUCAGAACAGAAGAUAACAUUACCGGAACAGAAAAGGAUUUCAUCAAAAAUUGAGAGAACUUCAACAGAACAGAAGAGAACUUUGCCAGAUCAGAGGAAGACUUUACCUGACCAGAAGAGGACUUUACCAGAACAAAGGCAGACUUUACCUGAACAAGAGAGGACUUCACCAGAGCAAUCCCAAGGCUUUAGUCCUUGUUUGUUUCCUGAGAAUUUCAUAAACAACAGAACUGUUGGAAUUCAAGGGAUUGAAGAAUUGUACCCACAGCUAGGAAAUGAAAACCAGGAACCUGAAAAAGUUGAAAAUAAAAGUAUAGUAAUUGAUGAAAAUAUUAAAACAAAAUCUGAUUCAACUUACAAAGAAUUUGAUCUUCAGUUUGAUCUUGAUGACUUUUUAAAUGACGACGAUGACGAUGAUGAUGAUGAUGAUGAUGAUAUAAUUCCGCCAACACCUGCCAAAUUCAACAAUCAGUCUUUAAGAUCUCAACCAAGUCAGUUGUUGCUAGGGAAAAUACCUAUGAAACCUGUUAAUCAAAAACUGCAAAAGAAUAUAGAUGACUUUGAAUCAACAAGUAUCUUUGAUUCAAAAUCUUCUACACCUAAGCAGUUACUGCUGAAGGGCACGUCAAAUGUCCCUGUGGCGUCUUCAGAAUGGUAUUGUGAUACCGUGUAUUCAGAUUCCUGCCAGACAUCGUCACUUUCCACACUACAGUCCUGUACAGAUUCAACCAAUUUCAGACCAAACAGUUUACUGACACACAGUAAAUUGCAGUCCGGUGGUGAAGGCAAAGGACUGAAUUUUUUAGCUGCAAGCAAUGAUGCACCUGAUGCAAAAAAACAGGUGAAAUGUAUUCCGCAAACUUCAAUGCUUCUUGAUGAAAAGAAUUAUCAUAAAGGAAGUGACAUUGAAAGUAAAGGAAUUAAAAGGAAGAGUAAUUCAUUCCCAUCUUGGAAAAAUGAUAGUCAGAAGAAAAGGAAAGUGCUUACAAAAGACUUGGAUGUGGCAGCUAAUGACGGCAUUGUCUGCAGAACUUUGAAAUAUAAAUCUGAUUCUGUAACAAAAGGUCCUAAUGCGCAGCUUAUAGGUAAAAAUUAUGAAGAAGAUGAUGAGAUUGCUGAUGAUAGUGAAGAUGAAAUUCAAACAAAAAGGAGAAACAAGAAGAAUGUGCUAUCAUCUCCCGUAUUUAAAACGCCAAUCAAACCAGCGAAAAGGUCAAAAUUCAUCGUUGUGUCCAGUGACAGUGAUGAUGAUAAGAUAAGCAAUGAUGAAUUGCCCAGUCCUUUGGGUCAAAGGUUACUGAAAAAGUCAGGUCUGUCAUCUACUUUGCUUAAUAAGUUAAAUGAUGAUGAAGAUUUUCAAGACUUUACUGAUGUCCGUAAAAGGCUUACCACACCGGUUCAUCGAAAAAGAGUUGAAACAAAUUCUAGAAAUAUAAAGCACAGAAGAGAUAAAAAUCCAACCUUUGACCUGUUAGACUUGGAGGCUGAUGUUGAAAGUGGUGCAGACUGUUCUUCGGACGAAGCCGAUGCCAGUCAAGUUGAUCAAUCAAUUUUGGACUUCAUCAACGACAACACUGUUUGUUCGCAAGGAGCUGAUUUGCAGGCAGUUUAUUUACAGUCGCUAAGAGACUCAGAUAAUCUGAAUGUAAACAACCGCUUUAGAUUGGCACCAAGGUCCAUCAUCGACGAUGAGGAAAUAUUCUCACAGGUACCCCAACAAGAUGAAGAUUAUGGUGACGAUAGCUUUGUGGUUUACGAAGAGAAUGAUAUGAAAACCAAAGAGGACACAAGCAUAUUUGAUAUGACAAUAAACCCUAACAAUAUCAUUAAUACAAAAACAAGACGAGGUAAGUGCUUGGAGCAUCUAAAAAUUCAAGCAAACAUUGAUGAAAUGACAAAAACCAAGAAAGGGAAAAGAAAACGUGUUAUUACCUAUGAUUCUUCAAGCGAAGAAGAGAGUAUUAUGAAACACCAUCAAGUUGUGAACUACACAGACAAAGUAAGUCUUGGGAGAAAUGGAAGUACAUCUGGAAAGUGUUCACCCAAGCAUUCACACACAGUAAUAGAUACUAAAAUAAGAAAAAUUGAUGAACCAUUAAAAGUUUAUGAGCAUGUAUCAUCCAGAAGUAGCAUAACUCAUAACAAUGAGAGGUUAAUCUGUGAGUCAACAGGCUUUAAAACUCAAGAACAAAUUGCGCGGGAAGAGCGUCUUAAACGACAAAGGGAAAAGCAAUUAGAAUUCAGAAGAAAAAUGGCAGAAAAAGAAAGAAAAUCUGAAGAUGCAAAAAUAUCUGGUAAAAUAUUAAACACACAUUUCCAACAGGAAUCAACAAAAACUGAUAAACAGACAUCGUCAACAUGUGAGAAAGAUUUAUCCAUUAGGAAUGAUUUGAAUCUGAUUGGGAUAAACUUUGAACAAAGCAGAAAUGAUGGGGCUAUCCACAGCUCAAAUUAUCAAAGGACAGGCUUGACAGCAUGCCAGAAGAAAGUGGCCACCGUAAGUCACAUGACUAACGAGUCGGAUACUCUAAGAGAAGAAUAUGGACUCAGCCAAAAGAGCCAACGGUGUGAUGGUCAGCCUGUGGUGUUAGUAGAUCCCGGUGUUCUGUCCAGUUGUCCACACAUCGCAUCGACGUUGGAACUGCAGCAUAAUUUAAACUCAAACGUACAUCAAUUAUCAGCGUGCGACUUCAUGGUCAGCAGUAGAAUGGGGGUCAUUCGCAAAUCAUUCUCAGAUUUUGCUAACGGAGCCAAUAGAAACAAACUAGUUGAUCAAGUGCGACAUAUAUUUCGAUUGUGUGACCGUCCUUGCCUGAUUGUCGAAGCUAAUAAGCUGAAGAAACCUGAUGAAAAGAGAAAUUUCACCCGCACCAAGUUCUUAGAUCGAACCAUUGCUCAGUUAAUCAAGACUCACAUCAAACUGCUAUUUACAAACUCAACAGCCGAUGUCUUUGUGGAGCGCUGUGAACAUAAAGCUACUAUAAGCACCUCUCUACAACUGCCAGGUGUUGGCUGAUUUGACUCGCAUGGAAUCCCGAAAGGGGUUCUCAAUUGAGAUCCCUAAGGAGAGAACACAAAAACAAGAUCAGAUUUUCAAAAUAUGUCUGUCAAUCCCUUGCUUGAAUUUUGCUGGUGCCUUGUGUCUUUCAAAGAACUGCUCAACAUUUGCUGAAAUUGCAUCCAGCACACCAUCUCAGCUGGAAGUCAAAGCGAGAAUUUCAGCAAGCCGAGCCCAGGAACUGCACCAAUUCUUCAAACAUAAAUUUAACAGCGAGAUGCUAGCAAAUACGUGACAGCUGACACCUUCAAGGCAGUAGCUCUACAAUGUUGGUAUUUCAGAAAAUCCUGAUUCAUCACACCAUACUCAAACUACAAGACAGAUCGCUGAAUCUAGAUGUAGAGCAUGAACAAGGGGUCACUUUACUUGACUGUCAAAAUUGCCAAAACCAUUAGUAAAAUAGUAUAUUUUAUACUUUAUUUCAUUUCAAUCAAAAAAUGAUUGACAAACUACAAGAUAAAGUAAUGCACUAUUAAUUUAAGGGCUGGACUUGAUUUUAGUCUUCCUUGUUUGUAUGAUUUUUUAUUCGUUCGUAUGAUUUUUGGUACAUCUCUAUUCAAGACCUACAGAAGUUAUCUUACAGGGGCAGAUUUAGUGGGGGGAAUGUGGGGAGCAUACCAAAUGUUUUCUGAUUUUGUUGAAGACAGCUACUAAUAACGUCUGAAUCAUAUUCAAUAUAUUGACAUUAUCAACUUGGGUUUUUUUUUAUGUGAGAGUGGGUGGCUGUUGUGGUUCGGGUUCCCAAUAUUUAGGUCGUAGUUCAAAGCCCACAUGGUUGAUGCUUCCUUGCCCUUUGGCAAGACACUUCAUCUAAUAAUUGUCACUUUCCACCCAUGAGUAUAAAUGUCCACCCAAGUUUGCCUUGAAGCAUCCUAAAUGAUGCUAUCCUGAAAGCCGGGAAGAUUGCUCAUUGAGGUAACUGUCAAUACUAAUCCAUGACCAGGUGCAUGUUGUUCAUGUUGCUAUAUAAAUGUAUUAUUUUAGAAUUAUUGAAGUUUAAUCAAGAUUUUGAGUAAUCUGUUUCCAACAAUCAUGCUAAUAUAAGUUCUAAUGGGUCAUCCAUUUUAUCAUUUUCAUGAGAGUAUUAAUCUCUGCUGGAGGAAGGGGGUAAAAGUGUGUGAAUAAGAUGAAAUGAUGAUCUUAUAAUGAAGAACAUCAUCAUUGCAUUGUGUACUCAUUCAGGGAGGGGGUGGGGAGGUUCAUGUGAAAAAUGUUUUUUACAUUCGGUCUACGUGAAAACCAGUCUUGUUGUUCAUAGGUAAUUAAGCUUAGAGAUGGUACAAAAGUAAAUUGAAUUUCAUAUACAAUGAAACGUUAAUUCAUUAAAUACUCAUAUUACAAAUUAUAAUGGGUUUGGAAAUUUGCCAGAAUAAUUUGAAUAAUAACAUGAUAGAGAGACUGCUUCCCAUGUGACUAUGAUGGAACGCGUUUUCAAAAACUGGGAACAAGAUAUAUAGAGAAUCUACCGAUAUAUUUAUCAAUGCAUUAUAUUGAAAGAAAAGAAUAAAAAAUUAUUUUACAGUAUUCUA